UUCCGUCCCCCUGCGUGUCACCGGCUCAAACAUGGCCGCCAGGUUCCUCCUUCAGAGAUCAACACAGGGGCUCCUGUCCUCCUCCAGAUCUGUACCCGCUUUCUCCAGCCCAUUUCUCUGCCGAGGUCACAGAUUAGGGCCAAGUGACGAUGAGAUAUACCAGCGGACCAGCGUGUCCAUCAUGAAGAGGGAGGAAAACAAUGGGUUCCUGAUACACAACUACAGUCCUAUGGGAUUCAACAUUGAUGGAAACCGGGUGUUAGGGCCCUGCGCUGUGAUACCUCCUGCCAUCCUUCAGUGGAACGUUGGAAGUUCUGAAGACAUCACAGAGGAAAGCAUCUCUCUCUUCCACAUGCUUGAACCACCUAUAGAGAUUCUUGUGCUGGGCACAGGGCGUCGGGUCGAACGAGUUAACCCCUCGGUCCUCGCACUCUUGAAGAAGAAACGCAUCGCUUUGGAGGUGCAGGACACGCCCAAUGCCUGUGCAACGUUCAACUUUCUGACCAGCGAGCGGCGGCUGGUGGCCGCUGGUCUGAUUCCUCCCUCCUACAGCAGAGCUCUCGAAGUGAAACAGGAUGAAAGUGUGGGCUCAGAGUGAGAGUCUAAAUGGUCUUUUAAAGAUGAGGUUCACAUUCAAGUGGGAGGACUGACUCUUCUGCAAAGAGGCUUCAGGAUAAAAUAGCAAACUGAUCCAGCUAUUGUAUUUCUGCAAACAUCGGGGUAAAGGCAGAUUGAAGCAUUUUUAUCAAAGCUUUGAGCCACUUUGAGAAAAUUUGAAACAAAGUUGUGGUUAAAAAGUAAAUACAACUUUCUGUCAUAAAUGAGUUGAGUAAAUCUGUAUUUUGCUGUAUAAAGUUGUUGUAUAGACUGGUUAUAAAUACACUUGUUAAAUACCA